AGCUGAGCUGUCAGGCUGUGGCCGCCAUGUCUGUGAGGAAGGGAGAUCGUUACUCAGUGCUGCUACCGACCUACAACGAACGGGACAACCUACCGCUCAUAGUCUGGCUGCUGGUCAAAUGCUUCAAAGAGAGUGGAUAUGAUUAUGAAAUUAUAAUUAUUGAUGAUGGAAGCCCAGAUGGAACAUUGGAAGUCGCUAAGCAACUGGAAAAGAUUUAUGGAUCUGACAAAAUUUUACUUCGACCCAGAGCAAAGAAGUUGGGUUUGGGCACUGCAUACAUCCACGGAAUGCAACAUGCCACAGGCAACUUCAUUAUCAUCAUGGAUGCUGACCUCUCUCACCACCCCAAAUUUAUACCUGAAUUCAUCCGAAAACAAAACGAAGGGAACUUCGAUAUCGUUUCUGGUACGCGGUACGUUGGAAAUGGAGGCGUUUAUGGCUGGGAUUUAAAAAGAAAAGUUAUAAGCCGUGGAGCCAACUUUGUAACUCAGGUUUUACUGAGACCGGGAGCCUCUGAUCUAACAGGAAGCUUUAGAUUGUACAGGAAAGAAGUUCUGGAAAAGUUGGUAGAAAGAUGUGUCUCGAAGGGUUAUGUAUUCCAGAUGGAGAUGAUUGUCCGAGCCCGCCAGUUGAACUAUACUAUUGGAGAGGUUCCCAUCUCAUUUGUGGAUCGGGUCUACGGAGAGUCCAAACUCGGAGGCAAUGAAAUUGUAUCUUUCUUGAAAGGCUUGCUGACAUUAUUUGCAACAACAUGACCUGGACUCAAAUGUUUUUUUGUUUUCUUUUUUCCCAACUUAUAAUUUUUAGUUGAAGGGAUAUUCACUGAAAUUUGACCAAAUUUAUCGAGUUGUAUGUUUUAAAUAAUGCCUUUCUGAGCAUUUGUUUCUAUAUUCCCUGUGAUGCAAUUAAAACACUUUUUUUUAUUAACAAGUGCUCUGCUUCUUAUACCAAAAUACAAGUGCAGCUUAAUGAAUUUUUCUGAUUCCAUAUGUUGCCUUGUCGUUGUGGUUUUAUUUUUGUAUAUUUCAGUGUUUACCACAUGUGAAGUUUUACUCCCUUUCGGUUGGUUUUGUGGCUAAAUCUGUGGAUAGGAUUGAGGAUUCGUUAACCUUGA